AUGGCGGAUUCCACUUUCUUGACCAGCUUGUCGUACGUCUUUGGCUGGACGUACUUCACCUGCUGGUCUCUCUCGUUCUAUCCCCAAUCAAUCCUCAACUUCUCGCGCAAGUCAACAUCGGGAACCACUAUAGACUUUCCUCUCAUAAACUCGCUAGCAGGUUUCUUCGCCUAUACCAUCUCCAACAUCGCCUUUGCGUAUUCCCCCUUGAUCCGCGCCCAGUACGCAGUCCGUUACAAGGGCUUGACGCCAACGGUCCAGCUCAACGACAUCACCUUUGCCUUCCACGGCCUCAUCCUCUGCUUCGUCACCGUCAGUCAGUACCUCUUCCCUCGCGCGUGGGGCUUCGCGCCGAGCCUCGGCAGCCGUCCCAGCCGCUUCAUUCUGGGAACCUUCUUUGGCUGCGUAGCUGGGGCGCUCAUCAUCAUUGUCCGGGUGUGGGCCUCGCCAGUUCGCAACGAUACAAGCGGCGCGGCAGUGACGGAAGGUGGCUGGGUCUGGCUAGACGCCAUCUACGCCGUUUCGUAUGUCAAGCUCGUUGUUACCUUGAUCAAGUAUACGCCGCAGGUUAUUGUCAACUACCGCAACCGGUCGACCGAGGGGUGGUCCAUCUUGCAGAUUCUGUUGGAUUUCGGCGGCGGGAUUUUGAGUAUUGCGCAGCAGGCUAUUGAUAGUUACCAGCAGGGCGACUGGUCGGGCAUCACAGGGAACCCGGUCAAAUUCGCGUUGGGGAACGUGUCGAUGAUUUAUGACUUGGUGUUUAUCGUGCAGCAUUAUGUGCUUUAUCGUCAUGCAGCGGGAGCAAAGGCGGAUGGUGGUGAGGGGGACUCUGAUCUGGACCCAUUGCUGAGAGAGGAUGUGAGGGGAGGCGGUGAUGAGGAGAGACGGAUUCAGUGA